AUGGCUUUCUCCAAGUACAUUGUGCCUGCCUUAAUGGCCUCUGGCGCCGCCUAUGCUGCCUCGAACAACUGCGGUAAAGCUGGCUCUAUCACCAACAUCACCGCCCAGGCCGAUGCCGAUAACCUCUCCAGCUGUGAGACUGUCCAGGGUGACGUUGUCAUCUUGCCCCAAGCCGCCAGUGGCAUCACCUUCAACGGCAUCCAGCAGAUUGCCGGUAGCCUGAUCGCCGACGGUGCCACCAACGUCACCUCCAUCGGCGCUCCUGAUUUGACUUCUAUUGGCAACAAGUUCAGCUUGUCCGGCAUCAUUCUCUUGACCUCACUCAAUUUCCCUGAGCUCACCUCUGUUGGUUCCAUCGACUUCCAGGCUCUUCCCAACUUGCAGGCUUUGACCUUCAACAAAGGUGUUAGCAAGGCCGGCAGUGUCAGCAUCACCAACACUGGUUUGACUUCCCUGGCUGGUAUUGAGCUCACCUCUGUCGGUGACUUUGACUUGACUGCCAACACUGCUCUCAAGUCGAUCAAUGUUAACGACAUCAAGAACAUCACUGGUACCUUGAUUAUUUCUGCCAACAACAACCAAUUGAACAUCGAGUUCCCCAACUUGGUCUCUGCCCAGAACUUGACCUUCCGUAACACCAGCUCCAUCUCCGUCCCCUCUUUGGCCAACCUCACUGGUGAAUUGGGUCUCUUCGGUAACUACAUUUCCAACUUCUCUGCUCCCAACUUGACCCGAUGCGCCGACUUGGAUUUCGAUGGUAACGGCGCUUUGACCGAGAUCGAUCUGCCUCAGCUCACCACCCUCACUGGUGGUCUUGCCAUCUCCAACAACGGCAAGCUUGACGUUAUCUCCUUGCCCAAGCUUGCCAAGGUCCAGGGUGCUAUUGACCUUACUGGAGACUACACCAACGUGAGCCUGCCUGCUCUUACCGAAGUCAAGGGUGGAUUCAACGCCGAGAGCACCGGCAACUUCUCCUGCAGUGCCUUUGACGACCUCCGCAAGAACAAUGUCAUCUCUGGAACCUACAACUGCACCCAGACCUCCCACCCCACUACCAUGGACGGCGGCUCUGGCAGCUCUACCACUAGCAGCAGCUCUUCCUCCUCCGCCACAUCCAAGGGUGCUGCUGUUGCUAACAUGGCUGUUCCCUCCGUCGGCAUCACCGCUCUCGUGGGUGCUCUCUUGUCUCUCUUGAUGUAAAGGGAUUCCAUGAGCGCACUGUGAUGUUUUCUAUUCCUGUCGGUCAAUCUAUUUGGACGUCUUUGUAAAGGGCUGGUAAUCGGCGACUUGUGCUCGACUUUCUGUACUGUUUAUUUCUACGCUGCUGCUUCGGACGCUGUUCUGCUCCCCAUCUCGCGGAAAAUUGUUUUUUUACUCGUGUGCAACUUAUGAUAAUAAUCGAUUCUUUCCUUUAAUUUCCUUGUCGUUGAGUCCCGGCCUGUACAUUAGAUGGCCUACUGUUAGUUGCUACAGCCUGAAUGCAUUGAUACAUUUUCUU